UAGUGGCCGUCGAGCGUACGAACCAUCAGCCAACCGCGUGCGCGCGCCGGCGGCGGAGAGGCCUCGCCGCCGGGAACCCCCACCCCGCGACCAGACUGUGGAGGGAUCCCGAGAGUCACCCGCGCGUCCGCCUCUGAACCCCGACCUCGUCGGAGACCGCAGCGAUGUCGGCCGCGGCGGGGACGCCAGCGGAAGACGGAGGGGAUCGGCCGUGGCAGUCUUACCAUACGGCGUACACCAACGCCAAAGCUGGAAUGGAGGGAGUUGACAAAGAAAAGGUGCAGAAGGUAAUCUACGAAAUGAGCAAGGGUUCAAAGUAUUUUGAAAAUGAGCAGAGGAAGGAGGCAUUGACCAAACAAAAGAUUGAACAUCUCCGUGCACAGUGUGCGACAUUGACUGAUAAUGACAUAUUGCAUUUUCAGAAGGUUGCUGAAAAGAAAAUGUUGGAGUUAGAGGCUUCACGAGAUCUUUCAAAGAUAUGGCUUCACACUGACAUGGAUGCCUUUUAUGCUGCUGUUGAGACAUUGGAGGAUCCAUCCUUGAAGGGAAAACCGUUGGCAGUUGGUAGCAUGUCUAUGGUAGCUACUGCCAGUUAUGAGGCACGGAAGUUUGGAGUUCGUGCAGCAAUGCCUGGUUUUAUUGGAUGUAAACUAUGUCCUGGCCUGGUUUUUGUCAGACCAAACUUUGAGAGAUACACUCAUUAUAGUGAGCUGACAAGAAAAGUUUUCCAGAGAUAUGAUCCCAAUUUCAUCGCAACAAGUCUAGAUGAAGCAUACCUCAACAUAACAAAUGUCUGCGCUGAAAGAGGCAUGACAGGAGAGGAGGUUGCUACUGAGCUUAGAGCUGCCAUACACCAGGAAACUGGUCUAACAUGUAGUGCAGGGGUUGCCCCAAACCGCAUGAUUGCAAAGGUUUGUUCUGAUAUUAACAAACCCAAUGGACAGUUUAUUUUGCCAAAUGAUCGAGAAGCUGUAUGGACAUUUGUAUCUACAUUGCCUAUAAGAAAGAUAGGUGGCAUAGGUAAGGUGACUGAACAGAUGUUACGUCAGGUUCUUGGAAUCAGUACAUGUCAGGAGAUGCUGCAGAAGGCUGCUUUCUUAUGUGCUCUUUUUUCUGAAUGCUCAGCUGAUUUCUUUCUUUCGGUUGGUCUUGGAUUAGGAGGUACAGAAACUCCAGAGCAAAGGCAAAGGAAAAGUAUCAGUUGUGAGCGAACUUUCACAGCAACAAAUGAUUCUUCUUUGCUUUUCGAGAAAUUAGCUAACCUCGCUGAAAACUUAAUGGAUGAUUUGCAAAAGGAGGGUUUGAAAGGAAAGACACUAACACUCAAACUAAAGACUGCAGAUUUUGAGGUUCGGACUCGAGCAGUAACUACACGAGGCUAUAUCAACUCCAAGGAAGACAUCUUGAUCUAUGCUACUAAGUUGCUUAAGGCUGAAAUGCCUCUUUCUUUGAGAUUGAUGGGGUUGCGGAUGUCUCAGCUUCAUGAUGAGAAGGAUGAUUCAUCUACUUCGACACAAAAGACGAUAGAUAUAUUUUUUCGCUCAUCAAACAGUAACUUAAAUGUCAAUGGAGCAAAUGUUCAGAGGAUCACUAAUAUCUCAGGGCAGGAUAAUGGCCCUAUUAGUGUGACAACCAAGGAUGAUUGCUUGGGACCUGAUACUGGAACUGGUGCAUCCACAGACCAACAGGAUUUCUUUGUCCAUGAUGAGAGCAUUUUCAUCCCAGAACAAAGGAAUUUAGGCAAGUACAAUAACGAGGCUGUCUUAAGCAAUCCGGUUAUCAGUGAUUGCUUAGGUGGAGCAAAGAUAGAUGAUGUCACUACCAGUGCAAAGGUUAUGAACGCUGAGAACCUUGAUGAUGUUGGCCAGUUGAUCAGUCACGAAGCUACAGCUUCAUCAAGUAAACCUGGUCAGCAGUUAUGGAUCGAUGGUUUCAUUUGCUCCAUUUGUGGGUUUGAACUACCUCCAGGGUUUGAGGAGGAGAGGCAAGAACAUUCAGAUUUUCACUUGGCUGAAUCGCUACAGCAGGAAGAAACAGUUGAUAGUAAAAGAUCCAUUUGCAGCGAGAGGCUGGCUGAAAAACCAUGCUCUACUACUACACCCACACCCAAGAAAAAGCUGAAGUCUUCCAAAGAAGGAAAGCAUAUUCCAAUUGAUGCCUUUUUUGCAAAGUGUAAUAAGAACUUGUACAUUAAUUUUACUAAAGCAAAACUGACGGGUGCCUUUGUGUAUUUUGUGCAGGAGAAGCUACGUGUUGCUGUCCUUGUAUCGAAACCCACACUACAAAGUGAACAUGGUGUUUCACUUCAGAGUGGGCAUUCUGUUCUUGAAGGUGCUAAAGCUGCUGGGUUUCAGAUCUCUGCCGAUGAACUGGCAUCAAUCGUUGAAAGUCGUGACUGUGAAAAGUUGGCCGUGCAUGGUCAAUUGGAUGGAAUUGCAGACAAGUUGGCAACAUCCUUGACUGAUGGGAUUAAUACAGCUGAGUACAGCCUAAAUCAAAGGCAGGACAUAUACGGAGUGAACAAGUUCACAGAGAGUGAGGCCCGCAGCUUAUGGGAGUUUGUGUGGGAAGCACUGCAAGAUACCACUCUUAUAAUUCUUAUAGCAUGUGCUCUCAUAUCUUCUGUUGUUGGCAUUGCCACAGAAGGAUGGCCAAAAGGUGCCUAUGAUGGCAUUGGAAUUUUUACAAGUAUCCUCCUGGUUGUUUCUGUUACUGCGACAAGUAACUAUCAGCAGUCUUUGCAAUUCAGGGAUCUGGACAAAGAGAAAAGGAAAAUUUUUGUUCAAGUUACAAGAAACAGUCUCAGACAAAGGAUGUUGAUAGACGAUCUUCUUCCUGGUGAUGUUGUCCACCUAGCAGUCGGAGAUCAGGUUCCUGCAGAUGGCCUCUUUAUAUCUGGGUAUUCAGUAUUGGUCAAUGAGUCCAGUCUAACUGGGGAGAGUGAACCUGUUGUCAUAAAUGAAGAUAACCCUUUUCUUCUGUCAGGGACCAAAGUUCUUGACGGUUCAUGCAAAAUGCUGGUUACUGCAGUAGGGAUGCGAACACAGUGGGGUAAACUAAUGGCUGCCAUCACUGAAAGUGGGGAUGACGAAACUCCACUCCAGGUCAAACUAAAUAAAGUUGCAAAUAUUAUUGGAAACAUUGGUCUAUGUUUUGCCCUCUUGACUUUUGUUGUGCUCUCGCAAGGUUUAGUUGCCCAGAAAUACCUUGAUGGGCUUCUUUUAAGCUGGUCUGGAGAUGAUGUGCUCGAGAUAUUGCAACAUUUUUCCGUUGCAGUUACAAUCAUUGUUGUCGCUGUUCCUGAGGGAUUGCCUUUAGCAGUCACAUUGAGCCUUGCAUUUGCAAUGAAGAAGAUGAUGAAGGACAAGGCGUUGGUCCGACAAUUAGCUGCCUGUGAAACCAUGGGCUCAGCCACGAUCAUUUGCAGUGACAAGACCGGAACACUAACAACCAAUCGCAUGUCUGUCGUGAAGGCCUGUGUAUGCGGGAACACCAUAGAAGUGAACAGUCCACGAGCACCUUCUAUUUUUUCUUCCGAACUCCCAGAAGCUGCUUUGGAAAUUCUUCUGGAAUCUAUUUUUAACAACACUGCAGGUGAAGUGGUGAUUAGCCAAGAUGGGCGCCGUCAAAUACUAGGGACCCCUACUGAGGUGGCUUUGUUGGACUUUGCAUUGUUAAUGGGUGGAGGAUUUAAAGAAAAGCGGCAGGAAACCAAGGUUGUCAAGGUGGAGCCUUUUAAUUCAACAAAAAAGAGGAUGAGCAUCAUUCUUGAGCUUCCUGGAGGAGGAUACCGUGCACAUUGUAAAGGUGCUUCAGAAGUAGUCUUGGCUGCCUGUGAUAAAUUUAUAGAUGCCAGAGGUAGUAUUGUUGCCCUCAAUAACACAACUACAAACAAACUCAAUGGUAUCAUUGAAACCUUUUCUAAAGAAGCACUUAGGACACUCUGCCUAGCUUAUCGGGAAAUGGAUGAUGGCUUUUCCAUUGAUGAGCCAAUACCGCUACGAGGAUACACAUGCAUUGGUAUUGUUGGUAUCAAAGAUCCUGUUCGUCCAGGCGUCAGGCAGUCUGUAGCAACUUGCCGGUCUGCUGGCAUUGAGGUUCGAAUGAUUACAGGCGACAACAUAAAUACAGCAAAGGCAAUUGCCCGUGAAUGUGGUAUACUUACUGAGGAUGGUAUCGCCAUUGAAGGUGCUGAGUUUAGAGAGAAAAAUCAUAAAGAACUCAUUGAGUUGAUUCCAAAAAUGCAGGUACUGGCCCGAUCUUCACCACUUGACAAACAUACACUUGUGAAACACUUGCGCACCACAUUUAAUGAGGUUGUUGCCGUGACUGGUGAUGGUACAAAUGACGCACCAGCACUACGUGAGGCAGAUAUUGGACUUGCCAUGGGAAUUGCAGGGACUGAGGUGGCAAAAGAGAGCGCCGAUGUUGUAAUUCUGGAUGAUAACUUCUCCACCAUCGUAACGGUUGCAAAAUGGGGACGCUCUGUUUAUGUCAACAUCCAAAAGUUUGUGCAGUUUCAGCUGACUGUUAAUGUUGUCGCAUUGCUAGUUAACUUCUCUUCUGCGUGCUUUACAGGAGAUGCUCCACUGACAGCUGUUCAGCUUCUUUGGGUCAACAUGAUUAUGGAUACCCUAGGAGCACUUGCGCUUGCCACUGAACCACCAGAUGAUAACUUAAUGAAGAAAGCACCAGUUGGAAGGAGAGGGAAAUUCAUCACAAAAGUAAUGUGGAGGAAUAUUUUGGGUCAGUCAAUAUUCCAAUUUGCGGUCAUGUGGUAUCUACAAACUCAAGGGAAGUACUUGUUUGGGCUUGAAGGCUCUGACGCAGAUACUGUCCUAAAUACAAUCAUAUUCAACACUUUUGUCUUCUGCCAGGUGUUCAAUGAGAUAAGCUCGAGGGACAUGGACGAGAUCAAUGUUCUCAAGGGCCUUCUAGACAACUCCAUUUUCAUGGGCAUCCUUGCUGGCACCACCAUCUUCCAGUUCAUCAUUGUCCAGUUCCUAGGAGAUUUUGCUGACACCAUGCCUCUCACACAGCUCCAGUGGCUCGUAAGCGUUCUCUUUGGCCUCCUUGGGAUGCCUAUUGCUGCCGCCAUCAAACUGAUUCCCGUGGAACCACAUGAAGAAGGCAAUUGACAUAGUCACAUAGAACAUCGUACAUCAUAGUCCUGAAGAUUAAGCACAAUAAUUCAGGUUCAUCAAUUCCCAACUAUGGUAAGCUCAUCCACAAUCCCAUGAUAUAUUCUUCCCGGAGCUGAUGCACAAGAAUAGCAGCACUGACCCAAGGUUGACAGCAAAUUGCAAAGAAACAUUUGGAUUGGGGGCAACAGAUUCUGCACUCCUUUCGGUUUUCCUACACCAGGACCAACAGCCACGAGCCUAGCCGACACUGUAACUUAUGAGGUUUACCAACAUGUAUAUUUAACUAUACAAUUAUGUUUUCCCCUUAAAAAUAGUGUAGUUUAUAACAACAGGGGCUUGUACAUACGUUCUACCAUGUGUCAAUUGUAAGUCGACUGUACAUUGAAUUGAAAAACGUCAUAUCACUAGCAUAGUUCAAUGCAA